CAUUCAUUGGAUAAAGACGGCAGGAGGAAUAAAGGAAUCCAACUUAGACAUGAAUGCGCCAUUACUUUAGUAGUUUCACUAUUCACAUAAACGAUGUGACGCAGUUGCCAGUUUACUCUUAGAACCUUUAAAAUCGUGUUAAUGUUCUGUCUCGCUUCUAAAAAACUUUGAUUUUGGCGAACACCUAAAUCUCUUUAUUCCCUCCUUUCCUUGUUUUUUUGCUUCUAUCUUUCCAUUCUACACGGACAGCACACGAUUCAUCACGGAGAAGAUAAGGUCUCCAGUCUACUAUGGAUGAGGAGAGAGAGGAGGGGGGUCCUGCCUCUAAAACCACUCCGUCUGGGGAACAUGGCCGCCAGAGCAAAGCUAAGAGAAGAGUGCAGCAGGAGAGAGCAGACUCCCCUGGACCCAGCUGUGUCUCCAUGAAGAGUGACUGGUCUAUGGAUAAUCCUCGGAACUUUAAAGAUGGAAAUCAGUCUAUUGAGAAGAGAAGAGUGCUGCAGGAGAGAACAGACUCCCCUGGACCCAGCUGUGUCUCCAUGAAGAGUGACAUCUCUAUGGACUAUCCUCAUAACUUUAAAGAUGGAAAUCAGUCUAUUGAGAAGAGAAGAGUGCAGCAGGAGAGAGCAGACUCCCCUGGACCCAGCUGUGUCUCCAUGAAGAGUGACUGGUCUAUGGAUAAUCCUCGGAACUUUAAAGAUGGAAAUCAGUCUAUUGAGAAGAGAAGAGUGCUGCAGGAGAGAACAGACUCCCCUGGACCCAGCUGUGUCUCCAUGAAGAGUGACAUCUCUAUGGACUAUCCUCAUAACUUUAAAGAUGGAAAUCAGUCUAUUGAGAAGAGAAGAGUGCAGCAGGAGAGAGCAGACUCCCCUGGACCCAGCUGUGUCUCCAUGAAGAGUGACGCGUCUAUGGGAAUUCCUUUGACCUUUAAAGAUUCACGCCCCUCCAGAAAGGAAGGGCGAUCCCAGGAGAGGUCAAAGGUUUCCAGUGCUCAAUCUGUACUGCAGAAUCAAACAGAGUUGAUCAAGAGGGCUGAGGAGAACGCACAUACUUUUCUAGACAAGGAGCUGAAGAAGCUCUGGAGGGAUCUCUUCUCUGAUUACCCACAAUGCUCAGAGAGUCGGAGGGAAGAGGAGGAGGAGGAUGGUAAGAAUGAGGAGCAGAGGAGGCGCGCCAUAGAGGGAGUGGUAGACAUCACAAAGCUCUGCCUGAUGGAGAUGAACCAGGAGGAACUGGCCGACAUGCUGUGGAGUGGAGCUGUUGCUGCCCAGUACCAACAUAAACUCAAGUCUCAUCUGAAGAAGAAGUUCCAGUGUGUGCUUGAGGGAAUCGCAAAAGCAGGAGAGCAAAGACCUCUGAAUGAGAUCUACACAGAGCUCUUGAUCACAGAGAGAGGCAGUGGAGAGGUCAACAAGGAACAUGAGGUCAGACUGAUUGAAAAGGUCAGGAAGCCAGCCUAUGAGGAAACACCAAUUAGAUGUGAAGACAUAUUUAAACCCUUACCUGGACAAGAUAAACCAAUCAGAACAAUAAUGACAACCGGAGUGGCUGGCAUUGGUAAAACCGUCUUAACACACAAGUUCACUCUGGACUGGGCUGAAGGCAAAGCCAACCGAGACAUAGACUUCACAUUUCUCCUCACUUUCAGAGAGCUGAAUUUACUGAAAGGGAAAGAGUUUAGCUUAGUGGAACUUCUGCAUCAGUUUUCUGUUGAAACCAAAGAAUCAGGAAUCUACAGAUACGACCAUGACCAAGUAGUCUUCAUCUUGGAUGGUCUGGAUGAGUGUCGACUUACUCUGGACUUCCAGAACAACCCGAUCUGGACUGAUAUCACAGAGCCGACCUCAGUCGACGUGCUGCUGACAAACAUCAUCAGGGGAGUCCUGCUUCCCUCUGCUCACAUCUGGAUAACCACACGCCCUGCGGCAGCCAAUCAUCCUGCUGAGUGUGUUGACAUGGUGACAGAGGUGAGAGGGUUCAAUGACGCACAGAAGGAGGAGUACUUCAGGAAGAGAUUCAGAGAGGGGACACUGGCAAGCAAUAUCAUCUCUCACAUCAAGAAAUCUCGAAGCCUCCACAUCAUGUGUCACAUCCCAGUCUUCUGUUGGAUCACUGCUACAGUUCUGGAGGACUUCUUCAAAACAUCCCAGAGAGGAGAAGAGGUGCCCAGGACCGUGACUCAGAUGUACAGCCACUUCCUGAGGGUUCAGUCCAUACAGGGGGACAGGAAGUAUCAUGGGAGAACUAAAACUGAUCCACACUGGAGUUCGGAGAGCAGGGAGAUCAUUGUUUCUCUGGGGAAACUGGCUUUUAACCAGCUGGAGAAAGGUCAGCUGAUUUUCUACGAGGCAGACUUGGCAGAGUGUGGCAUCGAUAUCAGAGCAGCCUCGGUGUACUCAGGAGUGUUCACCCAGAUCUUUAAAGAGGAGUGUGGGCUGUACCAGGAUAGGGUGUUCUGCUUUGUCCAUCUGAGCAUCCAGGAGUUUCUGGCUGCCCUUUAUGUCUUUCUGUGCUACAUCAACACUGGUGUCAAUCUGAUCUCAGAAGAACAGCCAACCUCCAGGGAAGAGGAACUCCUCCUCUACAAGAGUGCUGUGAACAAGACCUUACAGAGUGAGAACGGACACCUGGACUUGUUUCUCCGCUUCCUCCUGGGCCUCUCUCUAGAGACCAAUCAGAUGCUGCUACAAGGUCUUCUGGGACCAGGAGCAAAUACAUUACUGGGCAAUCAAAUUAAAAAAGUCCUGCCGGGACUGACAGGAAGAGGGUCACGGAGCAAUACCCAAAUCGUCCAUUACAUCAAGCAGAAGAUAGGUGGAGAUCUCUCUCAAGAGGGAAGCAUCAAUCUGUUCCACUGUCUGAAUGAGCUGAACGACCGUUCUCUAGUGGAGGAGAUCCAACAGUACCUGACAUUAGGAAGUAUCUCCAGAGAAUCUCUCUCCUCUGCUCAGUGGUCAGCUCUGGUCUUCAUCGUACUGACAUCAGAAGAGGAGCUGGACGUGUUUUACCUGAAGAAAUACUCUGCUUUUGACGAGGCUCUACUGGGGCUGCUGCCAUUGGUCAAAGCCUCCAAAACAUCUCUGCUGAAUGGCUGUGAUCUGUCAGAGAGAUGCUGUGAAGCUCUGGCCUCAGUUCUCAGCUCCAACUCCUCUCGUCUGAGAGAGCUGGACCUGAGUAAAAAUGAUCUGCAGGAUUCAGGAGUGAAGCUGCUCUCUACUGGACUGGGGAGUCCACACUGUACACUGGAAACUCUCAGGCUGAAUGACUGUCAGCUGUCAGAGAGAUGCUGUGAAGCUCUGGCCUCAGUUCUCAGCUCCAACUCCUCUCGUGUGAGAGAGCUGGACCUGAGUAACAAUGAUCUGAAGGAUUCAGGAGUGAAGCUGCUCUCUGCUGAACUGGGGAGUCCACACUGUACACUGGAAACUCUCAGGCUGAAUGGCUGUCAGCUGUCAGAGAGAUGCUGUGAAGCUCUGGCCUCAGUUAUCAGCUCCAACUCCUCUCGUCUGAGAGAGCUGGACCUGUGUGCCAAUGAUCUGCAGGAUUCAGGAGUGAAGCUGCUCUCUGCUGGACUGGGGAGUCCACACUGUACACUGGAAACUCUCAGGUUGUCUGGCUGCCUGGUCACACAGGAAGGCUGUGCUUCUCUGGCCUCCGCUCUGUGCUCCAACCCCUCCUAUCUGAGAGAGCUGGACCUGAGCUACAAUCACCCAGGAGACUCAGGAGCUGCGCUGCUCUCUGCUGGACUGGAGGAUCCACGCUGGAGACUGGACACUCUCAGGUAUGGAGAGGACAGCUCACCACUCAGGGACAAAUCUCCUACAAGGAUUCAACCCACUGCUAGAGGAAGGGGUUUAUAAAGGCCGCUGUAACUCAUGUUGUGUAGAAAGUGAUGAGACAGCAGAUGAGGGGACUGUU